GAUGCCGGUGCCGAUGCUAGAACCAAUCCAGAGGAGUAGCCUGCGAGCCGAGGAAAUUCGAACUCAGGAACCUCAGUCCUAGCUCUUGUCAUCAAAUAUGAACAGUUAGUUUAGAACUCCAGCAAAUAAACAAGAUUGUGUUUCAAAAUUCAAAAAUUCUUUCAAAAUUUCGGAGCUCGGAUAAUUUUCGCCCAAGACCAUGAAUCACUGGAGGCUCAGGAAUACGAUGCUGUUGAGAUUUCCAUUCAGGGUGCAUGUUCCUCUGGACCGGAAAUGGCUGAGACCUAGCUGCCCCGUCAGUCAGCUGAAGCUGAGCCAUCGACAGCUGAAGACCGACAGCAGUUGCAAUGCCCCGAAGGCCCCCGCCAAGAGCAAGGAUUCGGACAGCUUGCUCAACGGAACUAAUGCCAUCUACAUUGAGGAGCUGUACAGCAAAUGGAAGGCCAAUCCCAAGUCCGUUGACCCGUCGUGGGAUGCCUUCUUCAGCGGCAAGCCGCGCCUCGUGUCAACGAAACCCUCCGAAACGAGCAAGCGGAAGCAUAGGCGUCCUCCGAUGGAGUCGUCGUCGGCGAGAGUCAAAUCUCGAUCGGCGCUCUCGACCCGGGAUAUAUCCACAACGAAUCCGACCACGUCUGCCGCGGCGGCUGCCCCAGCCAUGGACUGGAAGAACAUCGAUGACCAUAUGACGGUGCAGGCCAUCAUACGGGCCUAUCAGACGCGCGGUCACUUGGCCGCCGAUCUCGAUCCGCUGGGCAUUGUCCAGCCCCUCGGCACCACCUCUGUCGACGGCACCAAGCGGAAUGCCACAGAAGCCGUGCUCCGCCAGCACUAUUCAUAUGUGUUCAACGAUCUCAACGCCGCUUUCAAGCUGCCAUCGUCCACGCUGAUUGGCGGCAACGAGCAGUUCCUGCCACUCAAAGAGAUUCUGGACCGCUUGGAGCGCAUUUACUGCGGCCACAUUGGCGUGGAGUACAUGCAGAUCACGUCGCUGAACAAGACCAACUGGAUACGAGAGCGCUUCGAGAAGCCUGGCGCCAUCGAGUUCAGGCCCGACGAGAAGCGACUCAUACUGGAGCGCCUGACGCGGUCUACCGGCUUUGAGAACUUUCUGGCCAAGAAGUUCACUUCAGAGAAGCGUUUCGGUCUCGAGGGGUGCGACAUCAUGAUACCCAUCCUCAAGGAGAUAAUCGAUCGCUCCACCACUCUCGGCGUCGAGUCAGUAAUGAUAGGAAUGGCGCAUCGGGGGCGACUGAAUGUGCUGGCCAACAUUUGCCGCAAGCCCAUAUCCGAUAUCCUGGGACAGUUCCAUGGCCUGAAGGCAACCGACUCGGGCUCGGGCGACGUCAAGUACCAUCUGGGCCUGUACAUGGAGCGCUUGAACCGUGUGACCAACAAGAACGUGCGCAUCACGGUGGUGGCUAAUCCCUCGCACUUGGAGUACGUGAAUCCGGUGGUGCUUGGCAAGGCCCGGGCCGAGAUGUACCAGCGCGGGGAUACCACGGGCUGCAAGGUGCUGCCCAUAAUCAUUCACGGCGACGCCUCCUUUUGCGGGCAGGGCGUUGUCUACGAGUCCUUGCACUUGUCGGACCUGCCCAACUACACCACCCACGGCACCAUACACGUCGUGAGCAACAACCAGGUGGGCUUCACCACGGAUCCGCGCUUCUCGCGCUCCUCCCGCUACUGCACGGACGUGGCCCGUGUGGUGAACGCCCCCAUCUUCCACGUCAACUCCGAUGAUCCCGAGGCGUGCAUCCAUUGUGCCCGCGUCAGCACCGACUAUCGGGCCAAAUUCCACAAGGACGUGGUCAUUGAUAUUGUCGGCUACCGUCGCAACGGCCAUAAUGAGGCCGACGAGCCCAUGUUCACCCAGCCGCUGAUGUACCAGCGCAUCAGGAAGCUCAAGACCUGCAUGACCCUGUAUUCGGAGAAGCUGAUCAAGGAGGGUGUGGUAACUGCGGCCGACUACAAGGCCAUGAUAGAGAAGUACGACAAGAUCUGCGAGGAUGCGUGGCAGGAGUCCACGAAGCUGUCGACCAUGAAGUACUCCUCCUGGAUCGACUCUCCCUGGACGGCCUUCUUCCAGGGCCGCGACAGACUGAAAAUGUGCCCCACGGGCGUCAGCCUGGACACCCUCAAGAACAUUGGCGAGGUCUACUCGAGUCCGCCACCCAAGGAGCACAAGUUCGAGGUCCACAAGGGUAUCCUGCGUAUUCUGGCGCUGAGGAGAAAGCUGGUCGAGUCCAAGCUGGCCGACUGGUCGCUGGGGGAGGCGUUUGCCUUUGGCACGCUGGUAAAGGACGGUAUACACGUGCGUCUCUCUGGGCAAGAUGUGGAGCGAGGCACGUUCUCGCAUCGACACCAUGUGUUGCACCACCAGACCCGCGACAAGGUGCGCUACAACUCCAUAGAGCACCUGUACCCCGACCAGGCGGACUACUCGGUGUCCAACAGCUCCCUAUCGGAGUGCGCGGUCCUGGGCUUCGAGCAUGGCUACUCCAUGGCCAACCCCAACUCGGUGGUGAUCUGGGAGGGGCAGUUCGGGGACUUCUGCAACACCGCCCAGUGCAUCAUUGACACGUUCAUCGCCAGCGGGGAGACCAAGUGGGUGCGGCAGUCCGGACUGGUGAUGCUGCUGCCGCACAGCCUGGAGGGCAUGGGCCCAGAGCACUCCUCUGGCCGCAUCGAGCGCUUCCUGCAGAUGAGCGACGACGAUCCCGACGUCUUUCCGGACACCUGCGACUGUGACUUUGUGGCCCGCCAGCUGAUGGAUAUCAACUGGAUAGUGACCAAUAUCUCCACGCCGGCCAACAUCUUCCACGCCCUGCGCCGCCAGGUGGCCAUGGGCUUCCGGAAGCCCCUCAUCAACUUCUCGCCGAAGUCCUUGCUCCGCCAUCCGCUCGCCCGCAGUCCGUUCCGCGACUUCAACGAGUGCAGCGAGUUCAAGCGCGUCAUCCCCGACAGCAAGACGGCCGAGAAGGCCGACUGCGUCACCAAGCUGGUCUUCUGCACUGGCAAGGUCUACUACGACCUUUUCAAGGAGCGCGAGGACCACGAGCAAGACGAAACGGUGGCUCUCGUUCGAAUCGAACAGAUCUGCCCCUUCCCGUACGAUCUGAUCAUGAAGGAAAUCGAACUGUACAAGUCAGCGGAGCUGAUUUGGGUUCAGGAGGAGCACAAGAACCAGGGGUGCUGGUCCUACAUACAGCCACGUUUCGACACGGCCCUGAUCAAAAAGGAAAAUGAAACCCGCUGCAUAUCCUAUAUUGGACGCAAGCCCAACUCCGCUCCGGCCACGGGCAACAAAGUGCAGUUCAAAACAGAGUACAAGGCAUUCAUGACCGCCGUCUUUGGCGAGAUGACCGAAGCGAACAAGCAGCGCAUCGAGCGCAUGGUCAAGGAUCAGCAGGCGAAGGCUAAGGCUGCCACCAAAGCGGGAAAAGCCGAGUUGGAUGCUGCCACAAAGAGAUCGGAGCACUCCUUAAAACACGGAAAAGUGCCGAAACCGGGUAAGGGUGCACCAUCGAAGGAUGCUCCGCCGAAGGGUGCAGCCGGCAAGCCAGACGGAAAGCCCAAGGACCCAAAGAAGAAGUGAAUCUCUGCUGUUGGGGCUUGCACAAACUUUUUGGUAUAAUACAAAUUUAAAACC